AUGACUACUAAAAUUCAAGAGGAAGCUAUAAAGGAACCAUUGGCAAGUGAUAACACCCAAUACCAAAACCAGCCAUACAGCACUGGAGUGAUCUCUACACUUGGAUAUCAAACAACCACCAGCUAUCCAUACAAUACUGGUCAAACUACUUUAACAACCAAUGCCUAUGAUUACACUGGUGGUCAACAAUACAUGACCACUGGAUACAACAACGGUCAAAUAAGUGGAAAUAUCUAUGGAAAUGUUGGAAAUAAUGGAUAUCCCUAUGAUGGUCAAUACACCUCUACAGGUAAUCUCUACGGAAAUAAUGAUGGUGGAAUCUAUCAAACAUCUGGAUAUCAAUCUUACGGAGGAAAUCCAAUGAAUGGAAAUUUCUAUGGAGGCAAUGGAACUGGAUCUAUUUUGGUAUCCAAUGGAAGAAAUCUCCUUGAUAGCAGUAGAGGUGAAUAUCUCCAAUCGAAUGAUCAGAUCUUCAAAUUAGUGAUGCAAAAUGAUGGAAACUUGGUUCUAAAGAGAUUCGAUCAUCCAAUUGAUGCUACCCAUACCUGGCACAAAGGAAGCAAGCCAUACCGAGCAAUCAUCGAAAAUGAUGGUUACUUUAGAAUCCGUGAUAAAAAUGGAAAGGCUACAUUCACCAAAGGAAGACCAGGUCAAGGUCCUUAUCGUCUAGUGCUCCAGGACGACAGCAGAGUGAUCCUCUAUGAUGCAAACGGUCAAUCAACUGUUAUCUUAUAA